GGCGAGGGGCGCCGGGAGCAGGCGUGUGGGACUCCAGACCGGAGAGCCGGAGGCUGCGCCUUCCCUGCACCGGGACCUUCACGACACACCAGAUCCUCGCGCCCCUGCCCCGUGCGAGCUCCCACGAUGACCACCACCCUCGUGUCUGCCACCAUCUUCGACUUGAGCGAAGUUUUAUGCAAGGGUAACAAGAUGCUCAACUACAGUACUCCCAGUGCAGGUGGCUGCCUGCUGGACAGGAAGGCAGUGGGUACCCCUGCUGGUGGAGGCUUCCCUSGGAGGCACUCUGUCACCCUGCCCAGCUCCAAGUUCCACCAGAACCAGCUCCUCAGCAGCCUCAAGGGUGAGCCAGCUCCGGCUCUGAGCUCUCGGGACAGCCGCUUCCGAGAUCGCUCUUUCUCCGAAGGGGGUGAGCGGCUGCUGCCCACCCAGAAGCAGCCCGGGAGUGGCCAGGUCAACUCCAGCCGCUACAAGACGGAGCUGUGCCGCCCCUUUGAGGAGAACGGUGCCUGUAAGUACGGGGACAAAUGCCAGUUCGCCCACGGCAUCCACGAGCUCCGCAGCCUGACCCGCCAUCCCAAGUACAAGACUGAGCUGUGCUGCACCUUCCAUACCAUCGGCUUUUGCCCCUAUGGCCCCCGCUGCCACUUCAUCCACAACGCCGAGGAGCGCCGCGCCCUGGCCGGGGCCCGGGACCUCUCCGCUGACCGUCCCCGCCUUCAGCAUAGCUUUAGCUUUGCUGGGUUUCCCAGUGCCGCUGCCACCGCCGCUGCCACCGCCGCUGCCACGGGGCUGCUGGACAGCCCCACGUCCAUCACCCCACCCCCCAUCCUGAGCGCCGAUGACCUCCUGGGCUCACCUACCCUGCCCGAUGGCACCAAUAACCCCUUUGCCUUUUCCAGCCAGGAGCUGGCCAGCCUCUUUGCCCCUAGUAUGGGGCUACCUGGGGGUGGCUCCCCCACCACCUUCCUCUUCCGGCCCAUGUCUGAGUCCCCUCACAUGUUUGACUCUCCCCCCAGCCCUCAGGAUUCUCUCUSGGACCAGGAGGGCUACCUGAGCAGCUCCAGCAGCAGCCACAGUGGCUCAGACUCCCCCACCUUGGACAACUCAAGACGCCUGCCCAUUUUCAGCAGACUUUCCAUCUCAGAUGACUAAACCAGGGUAGGGAGGGACCCCUCUGCCUCCACUCCCCUCUCCCCACACCCACACCCCAAUACCCUCACCUCCCUAUCCACCYCAUUCCCCACAACCCCUACAUUAACAAGGUUAAGCUCAACCCCUUCCCCCAGAACCUUGGAAUGCUCCCCCCUCCCUCUUUUUACCCUCCUAACAUAAGGACAAGUCAAUUUGUCAGUAGCUUCCUCUGGCUUGAAACCCCUCCCUUAAUUUUACUGCCCACUCACCACGCAUAACAGACAAGUCCCAUAUUUGUCAGUAGAUGCCUUUUUUUUUUUUUCUUCCGGCUUAAGCCUUAAGUGCCAAAUCACAAAAGAAAAAGCAGUAACAGUUUACAGAAGCAACUUAGUGCCUUGUUAUCUAACUUUGUCACUGUGACUACAUUACCUCUUCAGCGCCAGGGGGCACCCGUGGGCCUCCCUGAGCCUCUGCCCAUGGGAGGGGGAGGRGGGAGACCCAGAACCASCHGCUCCCCCCACUGGCRACACAACUGCACYUUCCCUUCCUUCAGUCUCCYACACACUUCCUCCUCUUCCGGUAGAGAGUUGCCCCCUCCCUUAGGAGAAUUGUUGCUGGACUUGGGUUUUUGGGGAAAC